UGAGAAAUGGGACCAUCAUGCCUUGCGCCCCAGGAGAGCACUCACCUGAGGGGCUCACUGCCUGCCUGCCCUGUCCUGCUGGCUCCAUCUGCCCUGAUGGGCAUCAGCGUAAGUGUGGACCCGGACAGGAGCCCAGCCCAUCCCAGACUGAAUGCAUUGAGUGUCCUGCAGGGUUCUACUCCACUGAUGCCAGAGACCACUGUCUCCAAUGUCCUGCAGGAAGUUACUGUCCCAGUGCAGGAACAUCUUGGCCGUUACCUUGUCCCGCCGGGCAGUACACAGCCCACCCUGGCCAGUUGCAGUGUCAGAGCUGUAACGGGACGUCUCACUGUGGGAAUACGCUGGGGCCUCUCUGGAUUCGCUCUGAGGGGCCCCUGGGGCAGAGGUCCUGGAUUCCAACUUCCUGCCGUCCAGGGACAUACAGGAACCAGGAAGUGGGGGAGGGGCCCACCUGCUCGGUCUGCCCCCUGGGGCAUUACUGCAGUGGGGGUGUAGCUGUCCCAUGCCCCGCAGGAAGAUAUGGUGCGAAGGAGGGCAUACGGCAGGAGAGGGACUGCUCUCUGUGUCCUGCAGGUUUUUACUGUUUAGAGGGGAGUAUCAGCAGGCCUGGGUCCCAGUUCAUGUGCCCGAUGGGGUAUUACUGUGAGGAGGGCACAGGGGUGCCCCAUGGGACCCCUUGCCCCGCAGGCACUGCGGGGGGGCAGCCUGCACAGACCACCAGGGCGGCCUGCAAGAGGUGUGCCGAGGGGCGCUUCUGUCCUGAAGGAUCUGCGGUCCCUGGCUUGCCCUGUGCCCGUGGGAGGUUCUGCCCAGCAGGCACCCUGGAGGAAGUGAGCUGCCCAAAGGGAACCUUCACCCCACACCAGGGUGCCACGAGUGCUAAGGACUGCCUGAAGUGUCCAGCUGGCUUUUACUGCCCCGAAGGCACCAGCGACCCCCUGCCCUGCCAGCCGGGCACGUUCAACCCCCUGGAGGGGCAGGAUGACCCUGCAGACUGCAGGCCCUGCUACCCGGGCAAGGCCUGCACCCAGGGGGCCCUGAAGGGCCCGGACGUGGACUGCAUGCAGGGGUUUGUCUGUCCCCCCGGCUCCUCCAGGCCCAACCCCCCCGCCAGCGCCUGCCCGCCGGGCACCCUGAGCAACCGCACCGGCCUCACCGACCGCUCGCAGUGCCAGCGGUGCCCGCCGCGAUAUGCCUGCCUCCGAGGUACAGGAGGGAUACAGAGACCCCCACUGGCCUGCUUUCCGGGCCAUUUCUGCCCCCCUGGCACCAUGUACCCCACCCAGCAUCAGUGCCCAGCUGGGACAUGGAGUGAGCAGGUUGGGAUGCAGUCUGAGAGGGAGUGCCAGCCAUGCCCGCGGGGGUGGUACUGUCUCCCCGGGGCUGGGGUCCCAUCUGGGCGGUGCAGCUCUGGGCACUACUGCCCUGAAGGGACACAGUAUGGCUCCCAGUACCCCUGUCCUCCUGGGACCUACAGCACUAAGAUGGGGAACGGGCAUCGGGAGGACUGCCAGUUUUGUCCCGAGGGGCACUACUGCCCGGAGGGCACCUCCAAACCAACGCCCUGCCCCUCGAGAACGUUCCGGAGGCUGAAAGGGGGGCAGCAGCCCCAGGACUGCAGCACGUGUCCGGCUGGCUACUCCUGCCCCCUCCCUGCCACCGUCAGCCCCAGGACCUGUGGAGCAGGCAGCUACUCUGAUGAGGGUUCUGUGGAGUGCUCCCCCUGCCUGCGGGGGCAUUACUGCAGCGAGGAGACCACCAGUGAGGAGGCCAUGCUGAGGGUGAUGAUCUGCCCCCCGGGGCUGCUGUGCUCUCAGGGCCUGGACCGGGAGCCCCAGCGCUCUGCCACCCUCUGCCCCAUAGGGUUCUACUGCCCCGGGGGCAGCAUCAACCCAAAUCCAAUCCCCUGCCCAAAUGGGACGUACAGUGGGCAGCCAGGCUUGCGUGAUGUCACAGAGUGCGUAACGUGCCCCGAGGGACACUUCUGCUUCUCUGAGGAGCCUCAGGACCGGCCCAUCUCUGAGCUGACUGGGCGCUGCCCUGACGGGCAUCAGUGCCCCCCGGGCACCGGGCAUCCAUUCUCCUUCCCCUGUCAGGCCGGGUCCUUCAGGAAUAACUCCUUUGGCCACAGGGGGGCGCUCUGUGCGCCGUGCCCCGCUGGGUACCUCUGCGGCGGCCCUGCCACACACACGCCUUCCGUCUGCCCAGAGGGCUUCUUCUGUGCAGAAGGAAGCAGCGUCCCAGAGCCUUGUGAGGAGGGCACAUACAGCCCCAGACCUGCUCUGCGUAGUGCAUCUGAGUGCUCCCCCUGUGGUGGGGGCCGGUACUGCAGUGGUGUGGGUCAGACCGCGCCUUCAGGAGACUGCCGGGAAGGAUUCUACUGCAGAGAGAGAGCCACAUCAGCGACCCCAGCUGAUGGGCCCACAGGGGGUCUGUGUCCAGCGGGGAGUUUCUGCCCCAGCGGCUCUGCUGCCCCCACCCCAUGCCCCCCAGGAACAUUCAGCAACAGCACCGGACUCACAGGCCUCCAGCAGUGUGCGAACUGCCCUCCGGGGUAUUACUGCUCCGGCUCCAACAGCACCUCCCCCACUGGGCCCUGCUUCGCUGGGCAUUACUGCCCCACAGGCUCCGCCUCUCCCACUCAGCAUGAGGUGGAGAAGGGGCAGUACUCAACAGCAGGGGCAGCAAGAGCUCAGCUCUGCCCUCUGGGCACCUUUCAACCGGCACGGGGACAGGCCUCCUGCCUCACCUGUGAACGGGGGCGCUUUUGGCUCCUACUUGGCACGGACGGGUGGUGA